AUGUGUCUUUCACCACUAUCUUUUCUUAUAGUUUUUCUUCUUGGUCCAUUAAACGUCAAAGGUGUUGAUUGGGACAAUGUUCCAUUCAUGCAAAACUAUGCUCCUUUAUGGGGGCAAGAAAAUAUGCAAAUUCUCAACCAAAGUCGGGAAGUUCAACUUACAUUGAAUCAAGAAUCAGGUUCUGGUUUUCAGUCUAUACAUAAAUAUAGCUCUGGAUGGUUUAACAUGAAAAUUAAGCUGCCUCAAAAUGAUUCUACGGAAGUGAUCACAACCUUCUAUUUGAUUUCAGUUGAUGGACCUACUCGAGAUGAAAUUGACUUUGAAUUUUUAGGUGGAAAUAAGGAAAGAUCUCAUAUACUGCACACAAACAUUUUUACUAAUGGGCAAGGUGGUAGGGAGCAACAAUUUCAAUUUUGGUUUGAUCCCACUGCAGAUUUUCAUGAUUAUACGUUUCUUUGGAACGAAAAACAAUUAGUAUUUUUUGUGGAUAACAUCCCAAUUAGAGUGUUCAAGAAUAACACAGAUAAAGGAGGAAGCUAUCCAACACAAGCAAUGAAGAUUUAUGCAACAAUAUGGAGUAGUCCAUGGGGCUCUGGUGGAGUUCCAAUCAAUUGGAAUGAAGCACCCUUUGAAGCUCACUAUAGAGGAUUUGGCAUCAAUGCUUGUCAAUCCCAAAACCCUAAUAUCGAACAAUGUAAUUCCUUUAGGUAUUGGUGGAAUACUGAAAAUUAUUGGGAGCUUAACUUUGAUCAAAAGCAAGCUUACAAUAAUGUGCGAAGCAAGUAUUUAAUAUAUGAUUAUUGUACUAAACAGCCAGAAAAUCUUGAGUGUCAAGGUUUACAUCUAAACUAA